GAAAGCAAGUGAAUCACGUUUUACGCGCACGUUGUUUUGUUUGCAAAUUUACACACAUUCGUCAAUUCAAGUAAUUUGUAAUUUAUUGUUUUAUUGCUUGCGAAAAUCUGUCAGUACAAGACUGUAUAUCAGGUUAAAGAUAUAAAUAAACUAUUUAAUUGAAAAUCAACCUUCAUUGCAAGCUCGAUAACCCACAAUCAACAAUGGUUUCCGGUGUAAAAGUUAUGAAAAAAGGUUGUAGAGUACAUGAAGCUAUGGCCAAAUCGGACACCGAUAGUGAAAUGUCCGAGGAUGACCAAGAUGAACAGCAUUUGUCAGACGCAGAAUUUCCCAUGUCCGACGAAGAACCAUUAGAUCAUGAAGAACCCCAUGAAGAUGAGGAUCAGCAAUCAACGUCAAAAUGGGCUCUCACGAUGGCAAAGUAUCUCAGAAAAACUGGAGAUGCCCCUAUUCUUUCAAAGGUUACGAAAGAGGCAGAUCUGGAAAGAAAACGGAAGGAACCAAAAGCGACUUAUAAAUUUGAAGUCAUUGGACAAGACAAGACGUCCAAAGAAGACAACCCAAAGGAUGAUAAACCAAGUGAUUUGGAAAUCGCCAGGGAAUUGAUUCGUCAGAGGGCCCUGCUCAAGAAAGAGCGUCAGAAAGAUAUUUUAGGAUUGCGAGUGAAACCAGCUGUUGGCGGAUACGAACGGGAAAAAACACUGAAAAAGAUCGCCACCAAGGGCACAGUUCAACUAUUCAAUGCCGUUCGGCAACAACAACGAGAUGUCAGUAAAAAACUACAGGAAGCAGGCAAACUGGAAUACAAACGAGAAAAAGUUCUGAAAAAUCUUAGCAAGAAGGAAUUUCUGAAUGUACUUAUGAAUGGGCCAAGAGCGAAGUCGGAGCUGGUGGACAGUUUAGUUAAGAAGGAGGAGGUUAAAUCAGAGAAUGAGUCUGAAGAUGGUGAUGAGCCCGAGUCUACGUGGGGUGCACUAAGGGCGGACUUUUUGACAGGAAAAAAGUCUGGAUGGGAUAAAGAAGACGACGAGAAUGAUGGUAACUUUGGUAACGAUCCGAUGGGCGGUAGCUCGGACUCUGAAUAAAACUAAUAUGUUGUUACACGAUAAA